AUGGAAUACCAUCCAGUUGAUUUCGAUAUCGAUGACUUCCUAGCGCGAACUCAGGGAAAUAAGCCUCCGUUCAUAUGUCCGGCAGAGACAUGUCAGAAAGUACACAAGUCAUUUGCGCACAUCCAAAAACACAUGCUUAUACAUCGUCCUCCGGCGCCCAUAGAUAUACCGGCCUCGCCGUCAGAUUUGAUGCAGUCUACAACUGCACCACACGGACUAUCUGCAUCCCCUUCCAAUGGGUAUUCUCUGACCCAUCGGGGUGUUAGGAAUAGUUCCGAUGAUUCUCAUACGAACCAUUUAUCAACCAUUUCACACACUGAGUCAUGCGCAGUCGUUUUUGGACCAUCUUCCAUCACACACGGUCAAACCUUUCGAUGCAGCAUUUACGUUCCAUUGACGUUCCGCCUGGAGCCGAUUCAAAAAACAGAUCAACAGAUCAAGACUGAAACUGUAAACCAGAGUACGAACAACACGUCACAACUCGAUAUUAAUGGAAAGUCAUCCAAUCGAGGUCGAGUGAAAAAUCGGAACGGUCUCAUGCGAGCCAGAGAUACCAAUGGUUACACGGAAGAAAAUUGCGUUUUACAGUCACAGCAGCAGCAACAUACUAACGGGGCGACAGAAUUAAGGCUGCCACAACCAGUGUAUGAAGUGGACCCCGAAUUUGUGUUCAAGAAGCCAUCUAUGCUUGUGAAAGAAGGACAUGGAUACAUCCGGUUUAUAGAGAAAACGUUGGACGAACUGGAUGAAGUUGUAGAAUAUGACUUGGAUGAGGAGGACCUUUUUUGGCUGGAGCGCAUCAACAACGAACGGAAAUUGAAAGGACUCAUAGCAGUUGAUGAAACAACACUCGAAUGGACAAUUGAUCGAUUCGAGAAGGAGGCCAAAUUUCGCCCGUUAUCUUCAGAUGAGGAUGGUCCUUUGACACACAGUAUUGACGAGGACGCAGUGUGCUCCAUUUGCCAAGACGGCAGUUGUGAGAAUACCAAUGUGAUUUUGUUUUGCGACGUUUGUAAUCUCGCUGUCCAUCAAGAAUGUUAUGGUGUACCCUAUGUGCCCGAAGGUCCAUGGCUUUGUCGAAAGUGCUUGCAUUCUCCCAGUGAGCCGGUAUCUUGUGUGCUUUGUCCAAACACCGGAGGUGCUUUUAAGAAGACAUCUGACGAUCGUUGGGCUCAUGUCAUAUGCGGGCUUUGGGUGCCUGAAGUGAUGUUUGCCAACCUCACUUUUUUGGAACCACUUGAGGGUAUUGACAGAAUCGCACCUGCCAGAUGGCGACUUCAGUGUUUCAUUUGCAAACAACGGAACGCCGGUGCCUGUAUCCAGUGUCACAAGACUAGCUGUUAUCGUGCAUUUCAUGUGACCUGCGCACAACAAGCGGGUCUGUAUAUGAAAAUCGAGGACACCGACGAUCCCAAGGAGGCUGGAAUCCGAAAGAAUGCCUUUUGCGAUCUGCACUGCCCUCCAGACCACUUCACCAAGGGCAACAAAGGUAUGUAUGCCAACUCCGAGUCGGAGAACACGCAUUCUCCUGAACAGGCUGCUCGGAUUCAACUUCGCAAGGCGCGCAAAGCGCUGGCUGAACGGCGUAAUUCCAAACCGUCCAUUUGUGUGCCAAUUGUACCCAAAGCAAAAAUUGAUCUUAUGUGCACCAUGCUCACUGAUGACAUAUCCGGCGACGUGAUGGACUUUCUUGGAAAAGCCUACGCUUUCUGGAAACUCAAGCGGGAAGCUCGCCGUGGUGUACCUCUUCUCAAACGUCUUCAGGCUUGUUCAAUUCAUCGCAGUGCUGCCAACUUUGCCAUGGCUGCUACGACUGGGGAUGGAGAGGCGAAACAAAUGCGCAAGCAGCUGCAAUUCUGGCAGCAGUUGCGCCAGGAUUUAGAAAAGGCCCGACUCCUGUCGGAGUUGAUUCGGAAACGCGAAAGGGUGAAGCGGGACAUAUUUCGAGUGUUUACGGCCGAAGCGGAACUCCAGAUCAGGUCCAUUAACAUUUUCUUAUUCCGGCUACUGGAAAUUCUCCAGGGCCUGGAUAAAAAUGGGUUCUUCGCCGAGCCAGUUGGACCAGAGCUUGCUCCUGACUAUCACCUGAUCAUCAAACAUCCGAUGGACUUUGCCACGAUGCGCUCCAAAAUUGAACAGUCCUGUUACCUCAGUAUUAGGGAGUUCGAAGCAGACUAUAACCUGAUGUUAAACAAUUGUUUUCAGUACAAUCGACAGGCCUUUGCUAUUGCCCAAAGAAUCGGCAUGUCCCCCCAUACUGGUUUGCUCACUGUGAUGGAACCUUACGAUGCUUCAGAGGAGCUUAUGAACAGAUUAACUCCAGCAGAAGAUACAUCCCAAGUCAAAGAAAACUGUCUGUCUCUGCCAAGUCACGAAACUGAGCCCGUAAAAGCCCUCCGGGUCAACUCAUCUCGCCCCUGUUCCCCCAAACCACAUAGCCCACUCAGAGAAUUGGUCAACAGUCACCAAACACUGUCAGUUUCUUCCAGUACACGAAGCCGUGUCCGUCGAUUGUCUGCAGAUAUGUCGGGGUUGCAUCCAACAAGCAACCAACCUGACGGGCUUCAUCCGAGCGCAUAUCUGAGUCCGAUCGAACUCCCUACUAGACGUUCUCGUAAACGACGCCUGCGCACUGGUUCACAUAACAAUUCACCAACCGGCUUGAAAGCUUCGAAACAGAGAAAAUUGGACGUGAGCGUGCCAAAUAAAGACAGCUCCGCCCAUACUCAGUCCACAAUUACCAACUUUUUCGCCCCCAAAAUAUCCGAGACAUCUACCAUUUCACCUAAGGCAAAAACAAUCAGCUGGCCAACCACACCGGCGUCGACAGCAUCUGGACUCGCAAACUCCAUGAACCUUUUCAGUUCCUCCUCUUGGGAACAAACCACACCAUCUGGUAGUGGUGGUGGUUUGCGACUACCGGACUCAGUCGGUAGCUCCCGAAACGGUCCGGCGUUCACUCGAUACCGGGUUACUCGUCUUCCUCGUUAUGAGGAAGAAGAGGAAGAGGAUGACGAGGACGAGGACGAAAGUAGUGAGGAGGAUAGCAGUGAUCCGGUGGCACAGUUUAAAGUCUCUACGCCAACAGCACAACCAGAGGGACGCUUGACUCGUGACCGAUCUGUUCGGAACAGUCGCUCUGAUUUGGACCCAGCUGCUAAUCGUCCUCUUGUUUUCACCACCUUGGUCGGAAAAAGUCACAUGGCUUCAGUGUCAUGUCGUCGUGCAUUUCGUCAACCGAUUGGACGGGGACGAAACGUAGUGCGCCCUUCCGGACCACGAAGUAGAGGACGGAAAAUGGAACAUCAGCGACGAUCUCUGUACGCAUAUAGACGGAAGCGUGUCCUGCGGUCUCGUGGUGGGGCCAAUGCGACUAGGCGCAAUGAAACAGCGCGAACCGAUUGGUUGGCUCCUGAAUCCCAAAAUGCAGAUGUACAUCAGCCACUUCACUUCCGUGAACCAAAUAACACAUCUACCAGUUUAGAACUGAGUGAUGCCUGUUCACAGCUGGAAUCACCUGGUCCCCUUUCCGCUAGCACGAGUAUUGAACCCGGUGACUUCUUCAAUCAGUCCUCCGAUAUUCAGUCAGUUCCCGGUAGUCCAAGUGCGAAAAGGCGCUCAAGUGAACUUGGUGCUGCAGACUCUCUGAGCGACCGCCAUAUUGGUCCACUGGAUGUUGUUUGGGCUAAGUGUCGAGGUUCUCCAUGGUAUCCGGCGCUGGUUAUUGAUCCGGGAGCUAGCGAUGGUUACUCCCACAAUGGUGUCCCAGUGCCGAUCCCCCCGGAGUCUGUUCUUAGAUGGGGAAGACGAAUCACUGACGGGUCGAGCACCGUCGCUGAUGAAGAAAAGCCAAACCUGCUGGUCCUGUUCUUCGAUACCAAACGAACAUGGCAGUGGCUUUCCAGAUACAAAUUACAGCCCCUUGGCCUUUGCGUGGAUGUUGACCGUGAAAGGCUUCGUGAAGGCAGACGAAGCAAAAUGAAGAACUCAGUCAUCAAAGCCUACAGACGUGCGGUGGAGCACCUGUGUAAAGUCCAUGGAAGACCAUAUCCUUAUUCUGAUGGGAAGUCGGGAGAAUUGGCCGUGUUCACCUUAUGAAGCGUUUUAUUUUCUCCCGUACUGUUUCUUUCCGUGUACAGUGACUUUGUUCUUACUUACUUUUAGGCAUGCAACACGGUUCAAGCAAAUAGUGCCUGUGCCCUUACUGGUUCCACUUAUUUGCUCGAUUAACGACCAUUAGUGCACCCUUUUCGUGUUGUCAUCAAACUCCCCAUCAACAAAAAUGUGUACCAUAGAAUCGUGUCCCUUGGGAUUGAUAAAGUGGCUAUGAAUCAACAUAAUUUCCCGUUUUAACCUUUUCCCCAUUUCGGGCUUGGGUGAACUAAGUAAGCCUACGAUGGCUCUUAAACUCAUGCGCAAGCUUUCGAUCGGAUAGGUUCG